GGAAGGAAGGAAGGAAGGAAAAUGGAGUCUAUGCCACCGUGUCCCUCUGCUCUGCUGAUUGCUGGCAAGAGAGUCGAUAUUGCAAGCUAUCAUUCCAGCUUCUAUUCGCCUCCACCAACCGAAGCAUCGAGAUCAGGUUAUGACUCAAGUAGCGGUGAUGAGUCCGAAAUCGAAUAUAAUUCGUCCAUCUGUAAUCAAACAGCUUCACAAAAUAACUCUAAUACGACUGCGAAUAAUUCAGGCCAAGGGAAACACAUUAAUAAAGGUCGAUGGACUAAAGAAGAAGACGCCCUUUUAAAACAGCUGGUGAGUGGUGCUGAACACUUGGGCAAUGGUUUGCGUUGGGACAGUAUUGCAGCGCACUUUCGUGACCGAAGUGAUGUUCAGUGCCAACAGAGAUGGGCAAAGGUCGUCAACCCCGAGCUUGUUAAGGGACCCUGGACGAAAGAGGAGGACGAAAAAGUGGUAGAACUUGUGCAGCGAUACGGACCGAAAAAAUGGACAUUAAUUGCGCGGCAUCUGAAAGGUCGAAUAGGUAAACAGUGUCGCGAGCGUUGGCACAAUCAUCUUAAUCCAGGCAUCAAAAAAACUGCUUGGACGGAGGCUGAAGAUAUGAUAAUUGUGGAGGCACAUAGAAGAGUAGGUAAUCAGUGGGCAAAAAUAGCGAAACUUCUGCCCGGAAGGACGGACAAUGCUAUUAAAAACCACUGGAAUAGUACCAUGAGGAGGAAGUACGAGGCCGAAGAGGGGAGAACCAUAACAUCACGAGGUCGAGGGAGAAGAAAAAUUAUAGAGUCUGUGUCGUUGACUACAAAGAGGGAUGUUUUAAGUGACGAUCGGUCGAGAAAGCAGCAACAACAACGACAACAGCGCCAACAGACGCCAGUAAACUCUGCUUUAAAUGGAGAGGGUAGCUCAACAGUUACGAGUACGGUGAUCGGUGCGAGUCAGAGUUGUGAUCUCGACCAAUUAGAUUGGACACAAGCCUGGGAACAACAGCAGCAAGAGCGUCAGAUGGCUGAGCGAUGCAAUGAUCAGCAACAACAACAGCAUUUUCAUGAGUCCAUGCAGAUAGAUGACCGCCAGUCUGUUGAAAACCAUUUAGAAUCAUCGCCAAGGAACCGCAUCGAAUCCGUUUCUCCCUUUUCCAAAUACUUUGGAUUAGAGAUGUCGAAUGAACAGCCACAUGUGUCGAGGUCGACGGAAAUCCACUUGCUCCCUAUGCCUGAUCUUGAAGAAGAUUCAGAUCUUCAUGAAAGAGAGAAGACCAGUCCACCGCCAAUUUUGCGUAGACGGCGAAAUAUGCAAUUAGAUCAACAGCAGCAACAACAACAGCAACAGCAACAGCAACAGCAACAUCAUCAGCGACAACAGCAACAACAGCAGCAGCAAUCACAACAGCAGCGUACCGAUACCCCCGACAGCGGCAAUCAAUCGGACUACCUGUUACAAUCUUAUCAUCAGCAGUCCUCAUCUUCGCAAAUUGGCACAGCACCUUCGACUCCGAUAAAGCAGUUACCCUUCAGCCCCUCGCAAUUUCUUAAUAGUCUGAGCCCCGAACCAUCUUGGCCGAGGGCGAGCACACCGAAAGGUAGUCCCGGUUCACUUACUACGCCUCAACCCUCAGCUCUUCGACGAAACGGUACGACGCCUCGGACGCCUACACCGUUUAAAAAUGCGCUUGCCGAGUUGGAGCGGCGUAGUGGGGCAACGACACAAUUGCCAGCGACGCCAAGUCGAUUGGAUGCCCUUACGGAGAUCAUCAAACAGGAAACAGAUCGUGAGAGUCUAGCAGGUACCAGUAAUGGCAGCUUAUUACAGGACUCAGGUUAUGGAACGGGUCGUCGCAGAGGCAAGGAAAAUAGUGCGCCAGGAGGUAAAAGGGCGCGGAAAGCCCUCUGCCAAGCUUGGUCUAGUACUCAUGAAAGCUCCGAGAUGAGCUUUGCUGUCGAAACACCGAGCAAAAGUUUGGAUACAUCUGUCUUGUUUUCACCGGCAUCGAUGGCCUUGGAUGACAGUUUCUUGGCGACUGGGCCAAGUCCCGUAAAGACUUCCCACGACUUUGCGCCCGUACAGCGGAAGCCGAAUGCCAAAAGGGCGAUUUCGUUCGACACGUUCGACAGCCCAAAUGACUUCAGACUGGCCUCGACCAAGCGUACGAAGAUUCAACUGGAAGUGCAGUGGACAGCUGUGGCUUGCGGUCGAACUCGGGAUCAAGUUGAGAUGACGCAGGCAGCUCGGCAGUUCCUCAGCCUGCAUGGUUAUGCACCGUUACGGCCCAGGUCCCUCAACUUUUGACCUAACUUGCCAUCAGCUAAUAGUGAUUGAGCUGUCAAUAGCAGCUGUGGUCCGAUGAUUAUCCAUUAGGCGCCCUGACUGAUAUUUAUAAACUAAUUUUACAAGCCUGCUCUUGUGAUUAUCAGUGCAAAAAAGUUUUUUUGAUGAAUAUUUUUACAUAUGCGAAAAACGAAACAUUCGAACUAAAUUACAACGAAAACGUAAUGUUAUGAUCAGCGAAUAUAAUCAUAAACAUGAAAGUGCGAAAAAGUUCUAUCGAAGGCACAUCGUCACUUGCGCUUAUGUAUGAAACUGCACUCUCAACAAUUUACUUUUUGUAAAAUUUCAUCAGUUCCCCAACCCCAUUCAUAUUCCUAUCCCUUUUCGUCCAUUUUUUCUCUCAGUAGAUAUCUUUUUAACUUCUACAGGGAAGAAAAAUUCUUUAUCUAUAUAUAUUAUAUAUAUAUGUACGCACUACGUGUGUCGUUUUUUUCAU